UCGCUGCUGCUGCUGCUCCUGCUCCUGAGAACUUCUGAAUUCCUCAUUCACUCGUACAGCCUCUACUUUUGUAGAAAAAAUACUUGAGAAUGGCACUAAUGGAGGAACCGAUAAUCUCUCGCAUUGAUCGCUUGGACAACAUGAUAAAGCAACUGGAGGAGAUUGGAGGGUGUAGCAGAUCAUUCACAAAGAGCUCAUCUGGUGCGUCAACCCCAUCAAGCGGGACUCUGACCAGUGAAGGGCACGCCUCGUCCGUUGACUUCUCUCCAGAGAGUCUGGAGAAGUACUGUCGUCCGCUUGACCAUGUGAUGGUGGAGACCGAGGCCAAAGGCAGUCUCGUUGAGAGGCUCCAUCAUUUAGAGGUCCGUCUCCACAAGCUAUGUUUGCAGGUGGAGGAGGAGUUGGUGGCGGAGAGGAAGACGAUACAAGGCAAGUCUCAGAAGAAGGGUCGUAAAAAGAAGGGAUUAAAGCAGAUGGUGAAGAGCUUGGUCGAAGGAGGUCGCAAACACCAUAAAUCCACUUCCGAUUAGCAACGCGGAGCACUUUUGCAUGCACGCAAUGCAUGAAGUUGCCUUCCCUUCAGGGAUUUUUGCUUUGUUUUCUUCUCUUCUCUCCUUUUGUUUUAAUUUGAAAGGCUUGAGACGGUUUUGUCGCCCGAGUACGAGUAGGAAAGAGGGAGCACGAUCCCAGGUUGUGCUUGUGCUUGUAGAUAUGUGACAUGUUUAGUAAGUCCAAGCGGUGAAAAAAAUAAAGAGCCUCGACUGUGCAGCCUUUGUAGCA